AUGAGAGCUGUGCAUGGAAGCGCGGUAAGAUCGCAAGCAGCGCCGCGUCUCCGCGCGUCCGUCUCGUAUUUCCAUAAAUUUCCCCUUCCCCAACGACCAUCUGCGAAAUUCGUGUUUGCUCCUCCAUCCGCUUUCCCCCCCUCCUCCUCCUGCCUCUCCCGUUCGCACCCGCUCUUCCCCAUCCAAUCCCCUCCCGCGCCCCGGCAGGAGGACACCAACGUGCGAAUGCGCAGGAAGCGCGGCGGGACAGCUGGCGGGCCCUCAUUGGGCAUCCGCGUGGGCGCGGGGUCCGCCGCGACCGUCAGCCUGCUCGGCGCUUCUGGGGGAGGCGGCAUCUACGGCAGCGCGGGCGGAGGGGGCUCGGGGCGCGGAAGAGAGGCAGCCGGGGGAACGGGAGGCGGGAUUGGUGGCCCAGCAGCGGGGGGAGUGGGGGUGAUGAAGCUCGUACAGGAGCACUACCUGAGGGAGGACAUCAAGUGUGGGUCUGCGCUGUGCUACGUGUGCUACACACACCUCCCCCGCCAUGUCCCGCUGCUCUCUGGGGAUGUGCUCCACUGCCAGCUGCUUCCUAGAGAGCUGCUCUGGCAAUUCCCAGAGGAGGGCUUGCUGCACGAUGAGGCUGACCGGCCGUCGCUGUCUGCUAGCGCAAAGCACUACGUGAUCCCCGAUGCAGCGUCACUGGUGGAGUACGUGGAGGUGUGGGAGCUGCCUCCCAUACGCCACACCAUCGUGCUCGGCUCCGUGCUCAAGGAGGUGCGGGAAGGAGAGGCUAUUUGUGGGGGGCAGGAGCAGGGGGGGGUGGGAAUGAUGGUAGGGCGGAUGAGCACACUAUCCCAUCGUGCUGGGCUCCGUGCUCAAGGAGGUGCGCACAGGAGAGGUUCAUGA